UAGUGCAAAUCGCAAAGCAUGAAGCUAUCGAUUACCCUUUUUGUAGGUUUUGGCCUGCUAGCAGUUGCCUUGGCUGCUCCCAAAAAUGCAAAGGAUGUGUUAAAGGAAAUAAGCGCAAAAGAUGUGCUAAAGGACAUGAUAAAGACAGAUGAACGAGCUCGUCUCAAUGGCUAUCCCGCAGAAUCCCAUACUGUUACCACCCCCGAUGGCUAUGUGCUGAAUCUAUUCCGUAUUCCCUAUUCCUACAAGUUAAGAAAUCAAGAUGCUCAACGUCCCGCUAUCUUGUUGCAACACGGUCUAUUUAGCAACUCCGAUUGCUGGUUAUCCGGCGGUCCCGACAACGCCUUGGCUUACCUCUUGGCCGAUGCUGGCUUUGAUGUGUGGAUGGGCAAUGCUCGUGGCAACAUUUACUCUCGUCAAAACGAUUUCAUUUCCAUUAACAGCCCAAAAUUCUGGCAUUUUGAUUGGCAUGAAAUUGGUGCCAUUGAUAUUCCCACCAUGAUCGAUUAUAUCCUCGAACAAACUGGCGAAUCUAAAAUCCACUAUGCUGGCCACUCCCAAGGAACCACCGUGUACUUUGUUAUGAUGUCCGAAUGCAAGGAGUACAAUGACAAAAUCAAGUCGGCUCAUAUGUUGGCCCCCUGUGCCUUCUUUGAGCAUGGUACAUCUGCCAUUUUUAAUGUUUUCGCUCCCUUGGUUGGCAAACCCGGCGGCAUUUGGAAUCAAGUUUUUGCCGAUAUGGAAUUGCUACCCCAAAAUCGUUUGAUUAAUCGUGUUGGCGAUACCGCCUGUGGUGUAGAUCCUGAACUGAAAUUCUUGUGCCGAAACAUGUGGUUGUUGUUUGCUGGUGAGGGUUAUCAAAACACCAAUCUGACUGCCAUGCAAGAAUUAAUUGAAACCCAUCCCGGUGGUUCUUCAAGUAAUCAAGGCAUUCACUACAUUCAAUUGAGUGAUCACAAUUCUGGCCGUUUCUGUCAAAUGGAUUAUGGCACCAAGAAAAAUAACGAAAUCUAUGGUCAACCCACUCCUCCCGAUUAUAACUUGGAAAAUGUUUUGGCUCCUACCUACUUGUAUUCCAGUCAAAAUGAUGGUCUUUGCAAUCCCAAGGAUGUGGACACAUUGGUAUCGAGAACUAUUCAUUUGGCUGGUGAUUAUCGUGUGCCAGAUCAAACUUUCAAUCAUUUAGACUUCAUUGUUGCCACAAACAUGAGGGAGAUGGUUAAUGAUCCCGUUAUUCAGAACAUUAUCAAGCACGAAGAUUCACUGUAUUAGAAAUUAAAAUAUCCCCUACUUUUGAAGUAAAA